AUGGCACGCUUCCGUGUACCAACGAAGGGCGAAAUGGCCGCGCCUUUCCAAUCGAAAGACGCCUUCAUGGAUUGGAUCAAGGCUCCCGAGGCUCACGAGGGACGAACUCAGAUCGGAGACUCGAGAUGGUCGAACAAGGACCUCGAACCGACACCGCCAGAACAAAGGACAUGGACGUGGUACAACUUGCCACUGUAUUGGUUUUCCAACAUGUUUGGGACGACCGGGUGGAACGUCGCAUCUUCGCUCAUCGCCGUAGGUUUGAAGACCUGGCAACAGGCCUUUGUAUCUUGCGUACUCGGCUCGCUCAUCUCCGCCAUCGUCGUGACCGGUAUGGCAAGACCCGGAGUUAUGUUUCACCUUGGAUAUCCCGUUCUUGCGCGGUCGGUAAUGGGGAUGUACGGCUCAUACUUCUUCAUUUUUAUCCGAGCCAUCGUUUGUGUCAUCUGGUAUGGUAUUCAGACGUACUACGGCGCGAACCUCUUGUCCGUCUGCUUCCGCUGCAUCUUUGGCAAUAGCUGGGACAACUGGCCCAACAUGCUUCCCGCUGGUGCCGAUGUCACUUCAAAGCAGCUCUUAGCGUUUUUCCUUCUUUGGCUGGUUGAGUUUCCAUUCACUUGGGUACACCCGACUCAUAUCCACUACAUUUACACCGUAAAGGGCUUCAUCAUGCCCUUCGCCUGUUUCGGAUUAUUUGGCUGGUGCAUGGCCUAUGGAACCGGCAUCUCCAACAUAGGCGCGGCGUCUGUUGCCGGCGCAACAGCAGCCGCAAAGACGCCCGUCGGAUGGGCCGUGAUGAGCGGCAUCAACGUCAUCAUGGGUUCUCUAUCGCCCAUGCUCGUCAACCAGCCCGACCUCGCCCGAUACUGCAAAAAGCCUCGGGAUGCUGGCUGGCUCCAGGGAGCCUGUGUCUUCUUCGCCAAGAUUCUCGUCUUUUUCCUCGGCCUGGCGUCGACGACCUCGCUGCAGGGCGCUUGGGGCAAGGCCUACUGGAACCUAUGGGAUCUCCUGGACGCCAUUCUCGACCAUUACUGGAACGCAAAGGCCCGCGCCGGCGUGUUUUUUGUGUCGUUCAGCUUCAUUCUGAGUGUUCUAGCCACGAACUUUGGGGCAAACUCGCUUCCUUUUGGCGCGGACAUGACUGGUUUGUUUCCCAGGUACUUGACAAUCCGUCGAGGCCAGAUCAUUUGUGCCAUCCUCGGAAUUGUUGUCUUGCCGUGGAAGCUCAUCGCCAAUGCCUCUGCUUUCAUCUCGUUCCUGGGAAGUUACAACAUAUUUAUGGCUCCUCUCUGUGCAAUUAUCAUUUUCGACUACGUGCUGGUUCGAAAAGGCAAUAUCCAUGUGCCAUCAUUGUAUAAUGGCUCCAAAGAGGGGCUCUACUGGUUCAGGUCUGGAGUCAACUGGGUCGGAGUGUUUGCCUGGAUUGCAGGCACGGUCAUGGGUUUGCCUGGUCUCGUCGGGCAGUACCAGCCUCAGAUAGUCAGCCAGCCAGCCAAGUAUAUGUACAUGAUGGGCUGGGUUCUGACAUUCUUCACAUCAGCCAUCGUUUACGCUGUGCUGGUGCAGUUCUUCAAGGCCAAGGUGUACCCCUCGGGCUAUGAGAAUGCCCCGAUGGAAUACGAAUGGCUGGCAAAAGACGGCCGAGAUGGGUUCUUUGAAGGCGAAAGGGAAGGCGAGAUCUAUGCACCGCCGUCUCUGCGGAUUGACGGCGGUGAGGAGUUGCACUUGGGGGAGAAAGUUUAG